AUGGUGCAAUUUAAAGAAUUCCUCGGGUUUAAACCGGUUUCAGACUCCGGAGGCUCGCGCAUAAAUGUGCUUUGCGAUGGUGGCUCCGAAAAGACGAUCAUGGGAUUCCUUGUCGAGUUGAAACCAGAGUCUGUAACCUCCGAGAAUUCUUCGGCAUAUUUUCCACUCGUCAAUGAAUUUCUACGGGAGGGGUUAUUUUCCUCGGAACUGACCGCCCACGAAAUUUACAAGUCCGCUCUCGACGUAAUCGAAAAGAAACAAUUUUUAUCUGCGCCGACCACCAAACCUUUACUCGAAUUCUCCCUCUCCCUGCAUACCACGGCUCCAGCCAUUCAUGCCUAUUACCAUUAUUAUAACGCGACCGUAAUUCCAUCCAAAAACGAAUCCAACCAAAAAUUCAACCCAGAUUGCGAGGUCUGGAUCGAUUGGUAUGGUAAACAAGCUUGCGAUGUUGAGGAAUUCCAAAAUCUUAUUGGAUUUACGAGCUCCACGAAAUUUAAGUUGAACAUUACUCGUGAUGCGACCUCUCCUAAACUCUUGCCAUUCGAUCAUGUCCUUAAACCUCGGGUCCAGACUCCGGAGCCAGUGAUAAUUUUGUACGCCGAUUUGUUGUCACCAGAGUUUUCUAAAUUUCACGAAUUCAUAAAUUCAUUGGUUGAAGACGGAGAGGCAAGCUAUGUCUUGAGAUACAAACCACCAAAAGGGAGUCGUGACACAUUAUAUUUAUCGGGAUACGGUGUAGAGUUGGCAUUAAAAAAUAUGGACUACAUUGUUAUAGAUGAUCGUAAAGUGGAAAUAGGUGUCGGGAAUAAAGAGACUGACGCGGAAGAUCGCAAAGAGGAACCCAGCAAUAAAUCCGAUGAUCACCUGUUUGACCAGGAUAGCUCUGAAAUAAAACCUCUUAAAGCCGGGGAAGUUAAAAGUCUAGGAAUAAAGGCCGCACAAUUUAUACUAGAAUCGCAGGAUCCUCUAAAGACACUCACGCAAUUGUCCCAAAAUUUUCCAAAAUAUUCACAUUCCAUCUCUCAAAUUCCUUUAAAUUCUUCCUUGGAAGAGGAGAUAAUGACAAAUCAUCAUGUUCGUUUAGACACGAAUUCAUUUUGGCUCAACGGACUGGUCAUAAACCCUGAAUCUGCUGAUCCAUUCAGCUUGUUAAAGCUGUUGCGUCGUGAACGUCAAACAGUUUUAUCCUUAAAAAGUCUUGGCUUGAAUUCGCAUCAAGCCAUCGAUUUGCUUUCUUCUCCCAUUAUCUCUCAAGCUCAAUCACCUCAGGAUUCUUCGAGAGGCGUAUUCGAUGUUCGCGACAAUUCUCCAAAGAAAAAUGUGGUCGUAGAACUAGUGCUUAUGAAAUUUGUUCAGAUUCUUCGUCCGGUUUUUCCGGGACAGAUGCGAUAUUUACGUAAGAAUUUGUUCUCGACGUUGUUCGUCAUGGACCUCUCCACCACGGGAAGCCUCAAAAUUAUCGCCGAACAAAUAAACAUGUUUCUAUCGCGAGAUAUCCCCAUUCGAUUCGGCCUUAUUCCACUUUUUUCCGAGGAUCAUCAAAAUUUUAAGGAGGAAUACAACAAAUUUGUUAAGGAAAGGUCGCCGAAAAACAAAGAGGCCACCGGUUCUUUUGAAGAGAUUAUCAACGCCAAUAACUCUUUGGUGGAAGAACAAGUUAAUGGAGCUAUCGAGUUUAUUGACAGGUUUAGAAUCGACACGAAAGGCAAAGGCGUAUUUUUUGUGAAUGGAAAACUUUUUGAUAUGACCGAGUCUUAUCAACGGGAUAUGGUCCAAACAGUCAACGAGUAUACGGCGUUCUUGCAACAAAAAGUGCACUUUGGUGAGAUUGACGAUCGAACCGACAUUUACGAAUAUUUCAUGACCCUGCCAAAUCUUCCCUCGAGGAGAAAUCCUUAUAUCUUUGUCUCCGAGGUCCAACCCUUAAAAACAAUCAAUUUGGUUAGCGACAGGGACGAAAGCCUUUUUCAAAUUGAACAUUUAAAAUUUAUAUCACGAGCGAGCGAUACUGAAGAGGAGGACAUGACAUUAUUAUUAAUAACCAAUUUUGACAGCGAGCAUGGAGCAAAGCAGGGACUGGAUGCCUUGAAAUUCCUUGACUCGGCAAAAAAUGUGCGCUUAUCCUUGAUCCAUCACCCAGGAUCUGGAUUUUUAGAAACACCCAGCAUGUCAUCGAUGAUAUAUCACUUGUUUUACGAAGAGUCGGUUAUGCCGAGCAUCAAAGAUCUCCAAACAGCUUUUGAAGAAUAUUUAGAUGUGAUUUCAAAGAGUCAAAUUAAAGGAGGAAAUGUUGAAGGAGAGCAAAUACCAAUUGAUGUUGAUGAUAAAUUUAAUUCCGCGCGGUCUGCUGGUUGGCAGGUGGUUGAUAGACUGAAAGCCGAAAAUUAUUGGCAAAGCCUGGGUUCUUCUCUUAAGGAUGCAUUGAAGUUUAAUGACGACGACACGACUAUAAUAAUCGGACCUUUUCCCAUUGAUGAUGCUUUUCAAGUAGAAGAUUUCGAAUUGCUUGUGGAUUUUGAAUUCUCGGAGCGCAUUUCCCCCGUCGUGCAUGCCAUUGAAGAGCUCAAGAUAAACGUAGGGCUAAAGGGCUCCAAUUAUUCGAAUUUUAUUGCAAAGGCAUCUUCGGUCAUAUCCGCUUCUAGUACGUCGGAUGUUCCACCAGGCCUGUUUAACAAUCAAGAGCAUAGGCGCGACACCAUCUUCAGGAAGUUGCAGGGAGAUGUUAGUCGAGUGAAUAUUGGUAAUCCUGACGAUGCCAUCUACAACAUUGUUGCUGUCAUUGACCCGAUAAGUGAGAUGGCGCAAAAAUGGUCGACUAUUUUAACAACUUUGUCGCAGUUUGAUGGUUUCUUUUUAGAAAUAUAUUUGUACCCGCCCACACACAUAGAGGAAAUUCCGUUGAAACGAUUCUAUCGCUAUGUUUUAAGCCCUAGAUUGACUUUCAACUCUACCACCGGAUCACUUGUGCCCCCGUCUGCAUAUUUUAUUGAUCUUCCAGAGAAUCCACUGUUAACUCUAGGAAUGGACGUUAUAUCCCCAUGGUUGGUUACUCCAAAGUCAUCCAUUUAUGACCUGGACAAUAUUCAGUUAUCUAAAUUGGAUGUUCGGUCACGAGCCAAGGGAGUGGAGGCCACUUUUGAAUUGGUAAAUAUCUUAAUUGAGGGGCACGCGCGUGAUGUCACGUUAAAUAUGCCGCCAAGUGGUCUCCAGCUGAUACUUGGGACAAAUAGCUACCCUUCGAUGGUAGAUACCAUAGUAAUGGCAAACCUUGGAUACUUUCAACUGAAAGCGAAUCCAGGAGUAUGGACCUUGGGACUAAGGGAGGGGAGGUCAACUGAAAUAUUUGAAAUUCAAAGUGUAGGCAGCGAAGGGUGGCUAAGUAGAAGUGUGGAAGAAAUUGGCGAUGGGAUUGUUUUGAAUAGCUUUGAGGGAUUGGUGAUCUAUCCGCGUAUGGUAAGAAAACUCGGUAAAGAAAGCGAAAAAAUUUAUCAAGACGAUGAAGGUGGAAGCGAUGAUGGAAUAUGGGAUUAUCUGAAAAGCAGGUUCUCUCAUACAAAAGAAGAAUCAAGGCAAAACAAAGCUGAAAUCAAUAUUUUUUCGGUGGCUUCCGGUCACCUUUACGAAAGAUUUCUUUCUAUCAUGAUCAUUAGCGUGCUUCGACACACAAAGAGUAGUGUCAAGUUUUGGUUUAUCGAAAAUUUCUUGUCACCUUCUUUUAAGGAUUUCAUACCUCACAUGGCAAAAGAAUACAAUUUUGAAUACGAACUUGUGACAUAUAAAUGGCCACACUGGUUGCGUGCCCAAAAAGAGAAACAAAGGACCAUCUGGGGUUAUAAGAUUUUAUUCCUCGAUGUACUUUUCCCGCUUAAUUUGGAUAAGGUUAUCUUCGUCGACGCCGAUCAAAUAGUACGUACCGACCUCAAAGAGCUGGUCGAUACGGAUUUACAUGGUGCGCCUUAUGGAUAUACACCAUUCUGCGAUAAUCGACCCGAGAUGGAUGGUUUCCGAUUUUGGAAGUCCGGAUACUGGCAAGAACAUCUAAGGGGAAAGCCUUAUCACAUUAGCGCUCUUUACGUAGUCGACUUGCAAAGAUUUCGUCACAUGGCUGCUGGAGACUACUUGCGCGGUCAGUAUCAGGCACUCAGCGCGGAUCCGAACUCCCUUUCAAAUCUAGAUCAAGACUUGCCAAAUAAUAUGCAACAUAUGAUCCCGAUAUUUUCUUUGCCUCAGGAAUGGCUAUGGUGCGAGACGUGGUGCAGCGAUGAAUCACUGGCCAGGGCUAAAACUAUUGAUCUUUGCAAUAAUCCGUUGACAAAGGAGCCUAAGCUCGAUAGAGCAAAACGACAAAUUCCGGAAUGGGAAUCAUAUGAUAAGGAAGUGGCCGAUCUGGCAGCUAGAAUUGUACAGCAGAAAGUCAAUUCAUCAUCACAUAAUGUAAUUCUAAAUGUAGAUGCAAUAAGAGAUGGAGAGUUAAUUGUUGAGAAUGCGGAGGAAGGUGGUGCCAAGGAUGUUGAAACAAUAAUCGAGGACACAAGCGAAGAAAUGGAAGUUGAGGUUAAAUCUGACAAUUUAAGACAAGUCACGCUGACCACCGCCGCCACCGUUCCUCCAAUUAAAGACGAGUUGUGA